AUGAUCUCAAAACGCGUAGCUUCAGAAGCCGGUGCUUUGAGCCGUGCAGCUCGCCGACCCAUCCCUCGCACACCCGUUGCUCGCAUCCGAGUACAGAAUGCCCGCUUCCAGUCCACAUCAGCAGGCCAGAGCGCCCCGCAAGGUACCUCGCCUGCAUUAAUUGGCGCCGUCACGGGAUCCCUCGCUACUCUUACUAUCGGCUACGUCUGGUAUCGCCAGUCGGGGGCGAAGGAGCUGCUUGCCGCAACAAAGACAACCAAAGACUACGUUUCCGCCGGCACCAAGAAGCUGAAAGAGUCAACCCCCGAGCCCAACGAGGCACUCAAUUGGCUUCGCGAUGCCGCUAAAAGCUACGCCGUCCUGAUCCCCGGCGCAAGCGGCUACAUCGAUGCUGCAUUCAAGGACCUCGACGACAUCCGAUCUAAGCACGGUGACGAGGUCGACAACAUCGUGCGCGAGGCCUAUUCCGAGCUUCAAAGCGUCGCCAAGAACGGCGAUAUCUCGAUCCUGACGGCUAAGCGCGCCUGGGACAUCAUCGUCAAGCAUCUCGGGCGUAUCGGCGACCUCGCAGGCGACUCGGCGCAGCAGAUCCUAGACAACCACCCUCAGCUCAAGGAUAAGGUUGGCGGCAACAUCGACAAGCUGAAGGAGUAUGGUGACCAGUAUGGGCCUGAGGCUAAGAAGGAGGUCGACAGGACGUGGCAGCAGAUUAGCGACGUUGUGAAGACUGGACUGAGCGCGGAAAAUGUGUCUAAGAUUCAGAAGAUUGUGCAGGAGAAGGUCGACAAGCUCAAGCAGCUCGGUGACGAGGCAUACAACAAGGGCAUGGAGCAGGCGAAGCCGUACCUGGAUAAGAACCCCAAGGUCAAGGAGCUUGUUGAGCAGAAUGCCGAUGCGUUGAAGUCGGGCAAUGUCCAGGAAUUAUACAACAAGAUCAAGUCGGCUGUCGAGUCUGGUGAUACUGGCGACCUUGAGUCGUACGUCAAGAGCGCGGCGAGCAAGGCCAAGGAGUCAGGCUUCGGUGGUCUGGAUCAGUACCUUAAUAAGAUUCCUGGGGGUGACCAAAUCAUUCCCAAGUUGAGCCAGCUGCAGGAGGUUGCUGAGAAGCACGGCGACGAGGCGCAGAAAAUAAUCAAGGAUGCUGUGAGCGAGAUCUCGGAUAUCCUCAAAAAGAAGAGCAACGAGGCGGAGGAUCUGGCCAAGAAGGCGAAGGAGGACUCGAAGAAAUAG